GUGUGUGUUCCUGCAGUGCUGACGGUGUCGGACACAGAGGUCGCAGAGGAAACGGUGAUCAGUGAGGAGUCGUCUGUUAAACAUGUUUGAUCUGCAGGGCACUGAUCGAAUCCUUCAUCGUCAGACUCAGACUGUUUUCCUCACUGAUAAUCAACAUGAAUCUCUAGUGUUUAAAGCUUCCUGCUGCGUGUUGUUUGUGAUGCUUUUUUCAGGAUUUCUGUCAUAAAAAUUCUUAUUUUUAAAAGACAGCAGUGCUGGAUUUGGUUUCUUUGAGGAGAAUCUGAGCAUCUGUCCAACACUGAUCUGAAUAAAUGCACAAUACAAGGGUUUUACCAGCAACAGCAUCUCCAGCAUCUGUGUAUCUGUGCGUCUGAAGAUGAAGUAUAACAGUCUUGGGAAAGUUCUGAGCUCUUCAAACACACAUAUUUCAGAUACAGAUAUGCGGUUCUGAAUCAAAGCGUGUCUUUGUGUAGUUGGUGUGUUAGCGUCAGUGGGCGGCUCCGUCAGCAGCAGCUAUAAGAGCGGACGGAGAUCUGAAGCGGCUCAAGCUCGCUGAUCCUCUCUUCCUCUGACAGACGUGAUGCAGCCGCAGGAGUACAUGAUGAGGGGGAAGGAGAUGGUGGAUUUCAUCCAGCAGUAUCUCACACGGAUCCGCGAGCGGCGGGUCGUUCCAGACGUUCAGCCAGGUUACAUGCGUCCUCUGCUGCCCAGCAGCGCCCCGUAUGAGCCGGAGGACUGGAGCAGCAUCAUGAAGGAUGUGGAGAACAUCAUCCUGCCCGGGGUUGUUCAUUGGCAGAGUCCUCACAUGCAUGCGUAUUUUCCUGCACUCACCUCUUGGCCGUCUCUGCUGGGUGACAUGCUGGCAGACGCCAUCAACUGCCUCGGCUUCACCUGGGCGUCUAGUCCAGCGUGCACUGAGCUGGAGAUGUGUGUGUUGGACUGGUUGUGUAAAGCGCUCGGGUUGCCAGAUCAUUAUCUACACCAUCAUCCACAGAGCAACGGAGGAGGAAUCCUGCAGAGUACGGUCAGUGAGUGUACGCUGGUCGCUCUGCUCGCCGCGAGGAAAGACCGAAUCCUGCAGAUGAAGAGUGAGUUUGCACACGCCGACACGGACGAGUCAGUGCUGAACUCCAGACUCAUCGCAUACGCCUCCGACCAGGCUCAUUCAUCAGUGGAGAAGGCCGGUCUGAUCACUCUGGUGAAGAUCAGAUUCCUGGAGACGGACGAGGCGUUUUCUCUGCGUGGAGAAACUCUUCAGCACGCCAUCGACGAGGACCGCAGGAGAGGAUUCGUACCCGUGAUGCUGUGUGCGACGCUGGGCUCCACCGGUGUGUGUUCGUUUGACCGUCUGGAUGAACUCGGCCCUAUCUGUGCGCGUGAGGGUCUCUGGCUGCACGUGGAUGCGGCGUACGCAGGUUCUGCUCUGCUGUGUCCUGAACUGCGCUAUUUUCUCAACGGAAUCGAGUUUGCCGAUUCAUUCGUCUUCAACCCAUCCAAGUGGAUGAUGGUCCAUUUUGACUGUACGGCGUUCUGGGUGAAGAAUAAGAUGAAGCUCCAGCAGACGUUCACCGUCGACCCUCUUUACCUGAGACACGAGAACUCAGACACCACUGACUUCAUGCACUGGCAGAUCUCUCUGAGCCGCCGCUUUCGCUCUCUGAAGCUGUGGUUUGUGAUGCGCUCCUUCGGUCUGAAGAAGCUGCAGGAUCACAUUCGACAUAGCGUGGAGAUGGCGAAGCUGUUCGAGUCUCUGGUCAGAAACGACACAAACUUCCAGAUCCCAGCGCAGCGGCACACCCUCGGCCUGGUCGUCUUCUGCUUACGAGCUGGAAACGGAGCGACGCAGGAGUUACUGCGGAAACUGACUAAAUCAGGCCAGAUGUUUCUGAUUCCAGCGGCCAUCGGGAACAAACUCAUCAUCCGCUUCGCCGUGACGUCUCUUACGAGCGCUCAGGACAUCCAGAGGGACUGGAGCCUAAUCCAGCAGACGGCCAGAGAGGUGCUGCGCUCCAGCGCUCUCACACGCCAGCCCAGCAUCAUCUCAGACGAGGAGAACGAAGACGACGCACCGCUGACCAUCCACACCGAGCUGAGCCGCAUGCGCCUGGAGCCCAUGAUCGACGAGCGUCUGGUGCGGCAGGGACAGAGACGUGCCACCCGCUCGCUGAGCUGCAGCGCCGAGCUCCCGCCCCAGAGAGUGCAGAGAGACGCCCCGCUGGAGCAGAUCCCCGAGCGGCCGGCCCCGGAGCCCCGAGCGCAGAAGAGGCUGCUGAAGUUCCACAGCGUGCCCAGUCUGUCACAGGUGUGGGCGCAGUGCGGCAUGCAGCAGCUCUACCAGCCCUUCAGACGAGGAUGGGUCACCAGCAGAGCCAGCUGCUUCAACUGCUUCCCUCUGGAGACCAGCCCUCUGCCCACCAUUCACCACAUCAUCAAGUGCUCAUGA